UCUAUCGCGACCGUUGCAACGCCGACCUGAGGAAAUUCGUCGAGCACAACUCCUGUUAGCUGCGUUAAUAUGUUUCCGCGCAAAAGAUCGUGCGGAACAUCGCAGACUCCAAGAGCAAAGAGAAGCUGUGAAACGUCAGAUCUGCGACGUAGAGCUUCAGAUGUUUUCGAACUCGUUCAACUUAGUUGCCGUCGCUACCAUGUUGAGCGCAACAGCCAGAUCUCGAUGGCGCUUUCCUCGCAACCAGCGGUGGUUUGAAGACACCCUGCCUAAUUUGGGAGAAGCGCACUUCAAGAGGUGUUUUCGUGUUUCACCAGCCACGUUCAGGUAUAUCGUGGAAUCUUGUCGCAGCGAUCUGCAACGUGUAGAUACUGUAAUGACCGAGGCCAUUUCCGUGGAAAAAAGAGUCGCCGUCGCUCUCUACCGUUUGUGUUCUACUGCGGAAGACAGGACGAUUUCAGAGUUAUUUUCACUUGGCCGUUCAACAGUGAACAAAAUAUACAAGGAGUUCUGUGCAGCCGUUCUGCAAAACCUUGAGGAAGCCUGGCUCAAGAUGCCUGCACCUGCAGACAUUGAAGAUCACAUGAGGGAGUUUCAUGCCAUGACUGGGUUCCCGCAAGGCGUUGGGGCGCUCGACGGUUGCCAUUUCCCGGUGUCGCCUCCGAAAGAACAUGCUUCAGAUUACCACAACUACAAGGGGUGGUACAGUAUGAUCCUGCUGGCAAUGGUCGACCACCGUUACCGGUUCCGCUACACAAACGUCGGCUCUCCUGGGCGAUGCCACGAUGCAUUUGUUUAUGGCAGGUCGACACUUCGGAAGCUCAUUGAAAGUGAUUUAUUUCAACGUCCAACAGUUGCCAUUGAAGGUGUUCAUGUACCUCCUAUUAUUUUAUGCGAUCAGGCGUUUUCACUGACAUGUAAUCUUCAAAAGCCAUACGCAAAUGCAUUACCAAACACACCUGAAUAUGCACUUAAUUACAACUUGUCAAAAUCAAGAAGAAUUGUGGAAAAUGCUUUUGGACGGAUGAAAGCCAGAUUUCGCUUUGUUAUGAAGCGCAUGGAAUGCAGUCUUGACACUGCCAGAUUGGUCAUUAGGGCAUGCUGUGUUUUGCACAAUGUAUGUGAGGAAUUCCAAGAACGAGUAGAGCAGCAAUGGGAGCAAGAGGUAGCCAUGUGGGAUGCCACCCACGAACAGCCUUCUCAUAGCUCAGAAUCAUGUGCUGGUAGUGGCCAAGCUAUAAGGGCGGCACUGGCAAAGCACUUUUUUGCAAAAAGCCAGCAACCAGCCCAUCUCAUGGGCAUCUAGGCUAGAAUGGCCUACUAAAGCUCCUUAUGUGUGCUAUACUAGGACAGACACUUCCCUCGCAUCUACGUAGGCAGCCAGUUUUUAACACGUCUUUAUUGCUAUUAAAAAAAUUAAUUCAAUGUAGAAACAGAUUUCAUAGUCUGUUCCUGACUCGUUCUAUUUUAACGAAGUUGUUGUCACAAGAUUGUACCGUUGCUUUUGCAACAUUGUGCACGGACACAGCAUCUAGUUGUGGCCUCCUUGGCUGUAAAAGCAAAUAGGGCACUUCGUGUUUCAUGCAGAAUGCUGGGUCAAGACUGUCGCGCAAACUUCCAUUUAUUUUGGGCUGUAAUUAGAUUUCAGCCACCACUAUGCAGAACUUACAUGCACAAGAGCUUGUCGUAGGCAAUUAUGAAACCACUAACACUUAUAAAAAAGUGUGAACUCCUGUACUGUUGUAUAAUUUUUGAGCAUGUCUAUUUCAUUGCAUAUGAUAUUUGCAUUGUCUUUCAUUCUGGGCCACGUUCAC